AUGAUGAGGAGAGUGGUGAGAAUAGGAGUGCAGGCGAUUCGUACCCCAAGAGGCGAUGUGUCGGCCGCACCGAGAUGGUACAAUUUCAUGUCGAUAUCCUCUCUUUUUUUUAUUGUCUCACCCAGUUUUCUUACAGUGUUUCACCAAUUUGCAGCUCAAAAAUGCCGAAACUGCGGAAACCGUUCACCGCCAUGAGUCCGUUCGUCGCGCCGGAAAAUUUCGAGUCGAUUUACGCACAAAACACGCCAAUGACAGCUCAUGGCAACAUUCUUCAUUUUGACUUUGGAGAGGAAAUGCCGACGCCAGAAGAGUUCAGGUAAGUAACGUAAAAUUUGGUAAAAUUCUACGCAGUUGCAUACGAUUUUUCGGUGAAACAUUUUUGAUAUAACGAAAUCGAUUGUGAAUGAAUGGAUUUCAGGGAACUCGAACCAUUGUCCUCGUCUACGCCGCGCAGAAAUCGUCCGAAAAGAGAGCCUCUUCGGCUGCAGAAUAUGGAGUAUUCCGUGCUUGAGAAAACACAAGAAUCUCUCUCAACGGACACUCUGGACGUUCAAAUGAAGCCAGUUCCAAAAACGAACAUUGUCGAGAAUGAGAAGAAAAGUCCAGGGUUAGAUAUUUUAGACUUCGAAAAAUCCAUAGUUGUCACGGGCUGGGCCGUGAUAGAAAUUUCUAGAGCCCAGUUCAGUUGAGCGCAUCCUAACCUGUACGGCCCGGUCCGUCGCCACUUGAGUAGUGUUCCUUUCCGAUAAAAAUUUACCGAAAGGACCCAAGGUUCCGUGAAAAAGAAGACCCCAAAGAAUAACCGUUCCAUUUCUUGAUUCAAAAUUAAAAUUAAAAUUGCUUACAGCAAAAAGAUAUCCCCCGAGUGGGCGAAGUUAGUCUUCGGACCUGAUUCCGAUGACGAUGAGGAAGGAAACGACCAAGAAUCGACAGAGAAGACAAAGAAGAAGUGAGGGUGAAGAAGUUUCCAGGACAUUUGGUUUUUUUGCAGGGAGAUGUCAUUUUUCGAGAAGUCACUCCCACAAAAGACUCGCAAAUUGAAGUUGGAUUUUGUCGACGAUUACUUUGCCGGAUAUUGUCUUCCGCAAGAAAAAUCUCCCGCCAGGUAAGGAGAUAAAAUUAACUUGUGAAAGUGAAAGAAAUGCGGUUUUUAGAAGGACUUCUGCAAAAUCGAAAGGCAAAACACGUCCGUCCACUUCUAUUUCCUCAACCCGUCGAUCGACUCGUUCCCAGAAAAAAAAUAUCUGA